UACAGAUUGUCCUUAUCUGGCUGCAUCCAGCCAUAGUGCUAGUGUUAGCCGCCUAGCACUCCCAGUCAUUUUGAACGGAGUGCAGCUAGCUGACUGUUAGCUUUCGUGUCAGCGCUAGCCUAGCAACCUGGACUGACAUUCCGUGACAAGGGGAAAGUAAAGAAAAUAACCAGAAGAAAACAAAACACACCACGGGGAAAUUGGAUAGCAAUUAUCGCCUAGUGCCCCACUAGUUUGUGCAUGGCGUGCUUUGUUUAAAGAGCGAACACAAGUAAUUUAGAUAGUUUAAACGUGUUGGUGGCCUCUUCCGAUGCUCCGCCAUUUUGUAUAAGACGAAUGCUAAUCAUGGGCGCUCUUACAUACACUUUAUGUAUGGCGAGAAUAAAACGGAGAGUCUGAGACAAAAGUAAAACUUGAGCAAGCAUUCUUGCAGGCAAAGCAUAUCAGAGAAGAGGGGAUGACUGACACUCCACCCAGUGAUGGCCCCUCCCAGGGAGCAGAUUUUGACAUGAUGGGUGCUCUGGACUGGAAAGAUGGAAUUGCCACUUUGCCAGGAAGUGAUAUUCGGUUUCGCAUGACCGAAUUUGGUACACUUGAGAUUGUAACAGACGUUGAGGUCAAAGGGCAGGAGGCCGCACCUAAAUCUGGAACAUUGGACCCGACUUCGUCUCAUAGCCCCACCCCUCCGCCAGAGAGCCAAUCGCAGACUGGAACAGCAGUGACACUCAUGAAUAAACUUCAGACAGUAUCAACUCAAGGUCCAACCUUGCCGUCUUCAGAGGAGGGCCCAAGUACAAGGGACCCCAAAGUGGAGAUUGGUCCAUGUGUUGGUCCUGGUGUUCUUCUGGGUCCAAAUCAUGAGCUAGCUAAAUGCCAGGCCUGUGGCGUUCUCGUUGCCCUGGAUGUCCUUUUUCAGGGGAAAUUCUGUAGCUCCCUGUGUGCACAGCCCUCCAGUGGCAGGUCUUCACCAGGUGAGGCACGGGAUGCUCUGACAGCUGAAGGAGAGAAGCUCGGAAAACGGGUGCGUAAAAAGAGAAAGAUCUACAUGGAUUCUGGUGAUGAAGAAGAGGAGAUGGAGGAACCGGAGGAGAAAACCAAAAGUAACAAAGGCAGAAGAUGCACCAAAGUGGCCAAAAUUGGGGCAGCCCCUGGAAACAAGAAGCGAGCGUGGAGCUGGCCAGCUUACCUGGAGGAGGAGAAAGCUGUUGCUGCUCCGGUCAAGCUUUUCAAAGAGCAUCAGUCCUUCCCUCAAAGUAGAAACAGUUUUAAAGUGGGAAUGAAGUUGGAGGGGCUGGACCCGUGCCACCCCUCUUUGUUCUGUGUGCUCUCUGUAGCUGAAAUCCAAGGCUACAGGGUGCGGCUCCACUUUGACGGUUACCCAGAAUGUUAUGACUUCUGGGCUAAUGCUGAUUCGUGGGAUCUCAAACCAGCUGGAUGGUGUGAAAAGAAUGGACACAAACUAUUGUUGCCAAAAGGUUGCAAAGAAGGAGAAUUUAAUUGGAGUAUGUAUGUAAAGAACUGCAGAGGCCAGUUGGCACCCAAACAUCUUUUUAAAAGCCUGAACACUUCUGUGACUCCGUCAGGAUUCAGAGCAGGGAUGAAGCUGGAGGCAAUCGACCGGAAGAACCCAUCGUUGAUCUGCGUUGCUACUAUUGCAGCAGUUGUGGACAACAGGCUGCUCAUUCAUUUUGAUAACUGGGAUGACACCUAUGAUUAUUGGUGUGAUGCUAGUAGCCCGUACAUCCAUCCAGUUGGAUACUGCGAAGAGGCCGAGCUCACUCUGACUACUCCAGCUGGUAAGACACAGACGAAGACACAUGUGGAAUACAAGCAUCCAAAAAGUUUCUCCUGGGAAAAAUACCUGGAAGAGACUGGCAGCCAGGCAGCGCCAGCAAGAGCUUUCAAACCACGACCACCGCACGGUUUCCAGAUUGGGAUGAGAGUGGAAGCAGUUGAUAAAAGGAACCCAGUGCUAAUUCGAAUUGCGACUAUAGCAGAUACAGAAGACCACCGACUCAAGAUCCACUUUGACGGCUGGAGCUCAGAGUACGACUACUGGGUGGAAACUGACUGCCCGGACUUGCAUCCUCCAGGAUGGUGUCAAAAAACUGGCCACCCACUUCAAUGUCCGAAUGGUUCCACAGAGUUAUUAAGUGCUCUUGGUCAAGGCUGUCCAACCCCAGGAUGCAACGGUGUUGGCCACAUCAGAGGGCCGCGCUAUGGGACCCACUACACUCAGGUGAGCUGCCCCUAUUCCGAGAUUAACCUAAACAAGGAGGGUUUGGUCCCAGACCGUCUUAGUGGAGAAAGACCUAUGACCCUAAGUGGACCUCUGGUUCGGGUCCGACGCCCCGACCCAUCUUUAAACACCACAGCACAUACCAGCCAGACACCAGAUCGGCUGGAGGCACUGGAUGAUGUUCAGAACAGGAAACAAGUGAACGUUGAAGCGGAAUCGUCUGGGCGUAAUGGCCAUUUAGAACCAGCAGGAGGUCCCAAUGAGCAAAUGCAAAUUAUCAACCGAUUGAAAAGAAGUGGCCAUCCUCCAAAAUAUCUGAAGAUGCAUGUGAAGCAAGAGGCAGGUGAUGUCUCGCCAGACUCCAUCUCACUGCAGCAGGCACUCCACGAAUCUGUGUUUCCCCCCAGCAUCUCAGCUGCUUCCCACCACCGGGUGGCUCUUUGCUGGGAUAAACACUGCCAACUGCUGCCAGAGGUCUUGGGGCUUAGUGCCAAGAGAGUGGCUGCAUGGAGUGUUGAGGAGGUUGCUGGAUUUGUCAAAGGACUGCCAGGAUGUAAAGAACACGCUGCAACAUUUAAAACGGAGCAAAUUGACGGCGAGGCCUUCCUGCUGCUCACCCAGACAGACAUAGUGAAAAUCCUGUCCAUCAAGCUUGGCCCUGCCUUGAAGAUCUACAACUCCAUCCUGAUGCUGAAAAGCGCUGACGAGGAAUAAAAAGCUGGUUGGGAUUAGAGUUUCUCCAUCAGCACUUCUCUUGUGUCUGACAAGUGUUGUAACAACACUGCUACGAGACCGAAAAGCCAUCAGAAAACGUCCGUCAGCUUAAACCUCCCGCCUGGAAGGACUGACAGGAGGGAGGGUUGCUUUCUAUAACUUAUAUUGUGUUUUAGCGAGGGCUGGGCGGUAAAGUGAUAACUGUGUGUGUGUGGAUGGUGAGAAUAAAUUCAACCACUCGCACAUGAGGUAUGCUCGAAGCUGCAAAGAUGCAGAGGCUGUGGGAAAUACAAGUGACAAAAUCAGCUACUAUUAGCUGUUCUAUAUUGUAUAUGUCUCAAUAUGUAACAAGAUUAUUUCUGUAUCGCCCAGCCAUCGUUGGAGCCCACUUAUCUUUAAUUCCUCACAGUUUGUCAGAGUUUUUGGUUGUUUCCAUUGUUGUUAUGAAGUUGUGGAGCGUUUGGAACACACCUCCUUCCUUGAACCUGUUUAGUGUUAUUUGUUUUUUUUCCAAAGCUACAGAAACAAUCCUGAGAUGUGGAGAUGCACCAGAUGUGGUUGCGCUGCUCUCUUCUAGAGGUAGAGGGCGCAUCUAAGCUGCUUCUUGAGCCGAAUGCAAUGUUUAACUGAAGUGGGCUGCUAGUGAGGUUAUUGUGCGUGCGUAGGCGCCAGAUUAAGGCGUCAAUUGGUGUGUUGUCCUCACCUGGUCCGAGGUGAAAGGCUCGUCCUCUUCUCUUUCGUACGUUUGUGACGGCACAUGAAUGUAAAAGUGUCCGCAUUAAUUCCAGCAACGGUGGCAUUUGUGCAAACUUGUCCCAUAUUAAUAGCAGCCACACAUGAACUCACACCUGCGCAGUUUAUGCAAGGACCUUUUUAGGGAACUAAUCCUUCCAAAGUCCCAAGAAGAAAGGAAAGAAAAAAGAACAAUAAUUAGAACUUAAACAAUGAACUCCAGUUUAUAUGCAAACAGCUUUUAUUUAUGUCUUUGUCUUGGAUGCUGCGUUUUGCCGCCAGAACUGACGCGUGAACGUGUGAAUAAAUAAGCACCUAAAAGUGCAAAC